UGAGCCUGGGGACUGAGGCUCCUUGGGCAUUAUUACAAACACACAGAGCUGACCGCAAUGACAGCAGCUGCUCCUUUGAACUGUUGGCAGCGGUCAAGCGGCAGCAUGAAGUGAGAGAUUACUCCUGAGCUCAAGAUGAACUCCACCUUGGAUGGUAAUCAGAGCAACCACUCUUUUUGUCUCUUGGCAUUUGGCUAUUUGGAAACUGUCGAUUUUUGCCUUUUGGAAGUGUUGAUUAUUGUGUUUCUAACUGUAUUGAUUAUUUCUGGCAACAUCAUUGUGAUUUUUGUAUUUCACUGUGCUCCUUUGUUGAACCACCACACUACAAGUUAUUUUAUCCAGACUAUGGCAUAUGCUGACCUGUUGGUUGGAGUCAGCUGCCUGGUUCCUUCUUUAUCACUCCUCCACUACCCGCUUCCAGUAGAGGAGUCCUUGACUUGCCAGGUGUUUGGUUUUAUAGUAUCAGUUCUGAAGAGUGUCUCCAUGACCUCUCUGGCCUGUAUCAGCAUCGAUAGAUAUAUUGCCAUCACUAAACCUUUAACCUAUAACACCCUGGUUACACCCUGGAGACUACGCCUGUGUAUUUUCCUGAUUUGGUUAUAUUCCAUCCUGGUCUUUCUGCCUUCCUUUUUCCACUGGGGCAAACCUGGAUAUCAUGGAGAUGUGUUUCAGUGGUGUGCGGAGUCCUGGCUCACCGACCCCUACUUCACCCUGUUCAUCGUGAUGAUGUUAUAUGCCCCAGCAGCACUCAUUGUGUGCUUCACUUAUUUCAACAUUUUCCGCAUCUGCCAACAGCACACAAAGGAAAUCAGCGAAAGGCAAGCUCGCUUCAGCAGCCAGAGUGGGGAGACUGGGGAGGUGCAGGCCUGUCCGGACAAGCGCUAUGCCAUGGUUCUGUUCCGGAUUACUAGUGUGUUUUACAUCCUCUGGUUGCCAUACAUCGUCUACUUCUUGUUGGAGAGCUCCACUGGCCACAGCAACCGCUUCGCAUCCUUCUUGACCACCUGGCUUGCCAUUAGUAACAGUUUCUGCAACUGUGUCAUUUAUAGUCUCUCCAACAGUGUCUUCCAAAAGGGACUAAAGCGCCUCUCGGGGGCCAUGUGUACUUCUUGCGCAAGUCAGGUCAUAGCUAAGGACCCUUACACGGUUAGGAGCAAAGGCCCUCUUAAUGGAUGCCAUGUCUAAAGAGGUUCAGAUAUUGGGUCAUUGUAUGUGUGUGUGGGGAGAGGGCAGAGGGGCGUCCCUUUUUCUCUCUUUGUAUUCCUUGUUCACUAGAAAAUCUGGGACAAAAUAACUUGAGCAAUAGGAAACAAUCCAUCCAAAAAAACCUAAGUUUGCAGAAAUGAUUUUUCUUUAAAAGUGCUUUUAAAUCAGAAGAAUCAGGACCAUGAAGAUAAAUUGCUCUUGGUUCCAAUUUUUGUAAUGCCAUGGAAAUGACUGAAAUUCUCAGAUUUAAAAUGAAUAAAGUCAUAUCUCACACCUCUCCGGCUGGCAUGACUAAACAUGGGUGUGAAAAGCGUCACCAUUUUAAAAUACCAUCAUUUUCUUGUGGCUCUUCUGGGUUCAUUCCAGUUGUUUAGGCUUCAUAUGCAAUUGAUUUCUUUUAACAGCAAAUAUUAAAAUACGGUGAUGUAUUAACAGGGUUUUAAAAUUUUGUUUAUGUAUGCCUACGUAUAACACUGCAAGUUUCAGCACUGUCAUUUAGAUAUCCAAAUGUUUUAUGUCUUAUUCUCUUGAGAGAAUUCUCAAUACAGUGAAUAAUGUGGACACCUAACUACUAAUUUUAGAAUUUUGCAAUGAAAGUGAUGCAAAAGUGUAGUCAAAUACUAGACAAUUUAUGAAGAACUGAGCUACUUUUUGUGUCAUGUUUGAGAGAUCUAAAGAAAUGUGUGCAUUGAAAGUGAUUACAGUAUUUUUGCACAUGCCUUUGUGUAUAUGUGUAUUGAGAAUAUUUGAAUUGAGUUAGAUUUCACUUUUACAGUAAAAUGUACAUUUAACUAGUUCAUUUUUAAAAUAGAAGGGGAUUAAUUGAGAUGUUCUCUUUGUGGUUAAAUGGAGUCAACUACUAAAGUAGCAACUAAUUCUUUUUUAAAGAAUUCUUUUAGUUAUUGUUAAGGAGUCUACAUUUGCAUAAGAGGAGAAAUUCUGAUUUGUCUAUGUCUCCUUUACUGCUGUAAUCCUUUGGAUACAGUUACUUUCUUAAUAGCCUUUUUCUUUUCUUUUUAAGCCAGAGUACUAGCCAAAUCUGUAGGAUUUUAUUAUUGUAUAGAAUUAUUAAUUGAGAAUGCAAUGUAUUUGUAUGUAGUAGUGAUGUUUUGUUCUUAGAUGAUUAUCUUUAUAGCAAGAGGUUUAUUUUCUGAAAGGAGAGAAGGGUUUCCCAGCAGCUCCAGGAAUGAGUAUUCCUUGACUUAUCUGCUGGUUUUAAUGUUUUGGAAGCCUUCAGGGAACUUAUGUGAUCUUUGACUUUGGCUAGAAGUUGUAAUCUGAAUGCUAUAGUGAUGUUUAGUGAGAUGGAAGAUGGAAGAAACCCAAGGGACAUAAGUGAAAGUAGAUUUUUGAAUCUAAUAAAGGACAUGGAUAUUUAUAAUAUAGGGAGAUAAUGCUUUGGUUUUCCAUCAUAAUAUGAGGAAAGUUCCUACCCCUUUUAAAAUAAAGGGCAGCUUUAUGAUUUUAGGUUUUAGAUAUUGAUUUAAUUUUAACUUAAAUGUGUUCUAUUAAAAUUAUUUUAGUGAUUAAAUAAUAUAUAAAAUUUAAACUUAAGAUUCUGAGUACGUCCCUAAAACUUGCUUGCUCUUUAUAUUGUAUAUUGGAAAAUUUGAUUCUAAGUUGUUUCAAAAUUUAGAAUUCAUAUUGAAAUUGCAGGUUAAGUUAGCAAAGUCUUUAAAUUGCCAGGUCAAGUGGAAAACCUUUUCUUUUGAAUUCCAAAAAAGCAGUUGUGCACAUUCUUCUUUAAGUAGCACAGUUCUAAAAAAAUUUUUUCAUGUAUGCUGGAGAAUUUAAUCUGUUCAGAUUUGCAGAGUUAGCUUGAGAACUUUUCGUUAAGCAAAUAUGGGAAUUUUAAAGACUCUGAGUAGAUUUUACUUUUUGGUGGACUGAGAGUCCUUUUAAUCUUUCCCUUCAAUAGGGUUCCAUCUUGUGAAAAUGGAAAAAAAAAAAAUUUCUGCUUAACUUUCUGGAAAUGGCUAAUCAAGUUGGUUUCUAGUGACUGGAAAGAACUCUUUCAAUAAGAGUCUUUGUUAAUAGAUUUUUACAUUUUUGUUCUAAUACCAAAUUUAGAUGGCCUAGAGGUAUUUUUUUUUCCACAUUAGAAACUUUAUCAGUGUCUUAGUCUAAAACUGAAGUAGAAACUAAGUAGAUUGAGUAAUUUAAAGAAAAAUAAAGCUCCUAAUCCCCUUGCCAAUGAUACUUAAUAUCAGAUGUUUUUUUAGUUUAUCUUGUCUUCAUUGGACUGUCUAUAUGAAUUCUAUAGUUUCUUCCAGGUAUCAGUUCUAUUCUCACAUUUAUUGUCUGUGUUGCUGUUUAUUUUUAUUUUCGUGUGUAUAUGUGUGUAUGUUGGUGAAAUGGGGAUAUGCUUGGAUUCAGUAUUCUGUGGCAGGGGGCAGUUUCUAUGGGAUACAUUUGGAGAGUUUGUAUUUAAGUAAUCUUGUUUUUCUGCCAUAUUUAAUGCGACAUUUGAUGAUGUUUGGGUUAAAUACCAAUCUGACUAGUUCAGAAUGAGAAAAAAGUAUAUUUUUAGACUCCAAUUACCUUGGGCUUUGGCAAUACAGCACGUUUAACUUUAUAUGGUAUGUGACUGAUAUAUGAGGCAGCAUGAGCUUUUGGUGAUUGUGUCAAAAUUAUUUCAUAACACAUUUUAAAACAAGAACAUACUAAUUGUUGUAUUUGUAAAUUAGUUGUGUGGUUUUUAUACAAUGAUUAAUUUCAGUGACGGUGUAUUUUUUUCCCCUUAGAGCAGAAAAGCAAUUACAAAAAGACAAAUGCUCCACUUUAAUAAAAGAACUACCUUACACCAGAAUAGAUAUUUAAAUUUUUCAUGGACCUGUUGAAUCACCCUAAAUUUCAUUUUGGAAAGGGUUUUCUUUAGGCUUUAUCGUGGGAUAAAUUCCAUUUUGAGCCUGUAAUUUUACAAUGGUGUUUCCUUUUUACUUGAAUAGUGUUCUCUGUUUUAAGGAUUGGAAAAACUUGAAUUUUUGUGAUAUAAAUGCAUUGUCCACCUCUCUGAACUUGAAAAUAAAGCAACA